AUGGCUGAAGAUUUUCCCACUAUCAUAACCGACGAGGCGCGAUCGCGGGCUCCCAUCAGCAGUGAAACUGUCAUAGGAGUGAGCGUUUUGUUCCUCUCUCUAGCGACAAUAUUCACUGGAACCCGCCUCUACACCAGAUUUACCGUUUACCAGCAAUUCUGGUGGGAUGAUUGGUCCAUGCUCGUGGCCUGGAUGGGCACCAUCGUGCUGUGCACGCUGCUGACGGCAGACACGGCAGUGCACCACGCAGACACGCCCGUCGCAGAAUACAAGCAAUAUGUCGAGCUCUUUCAGGACCUCCAAAUGGUCGCCCGCACGAGCAUGUUCUUCGCCAAGCUCUCCAUCCUGUUGCUCUACAUUCGGCUCUUCUUUCCCAAGGGCGUCACACGCAGCGCACUCUGGUGGAUCAUUCAAAUUGUCGUGUGGCUCAACUUUCUCUAUACGGUUGGCCUGAUUUUGGCUAUCGCGUUGCAAUGCGUUCCAUACAAUAAGCCUUAUGGCAGCAGCUGCGUGAAUCAGUACAUGGUGUUGAUUUCGGCGUCAAUCAUCAACAUCAUCAGCGAUUUGCUCGUGCUAUUAAUUCCCAUGGCAUCAGUAUGGCGGCUGAAUAUGAGCCGCAGGCGGAAGUGGGCUGUGUGGGCUCUGUUUGCCUUCGGCAUCGCCCGCCUUGCCUACCAAGUACCCAUGGCCGACGGAACAGACACAACGGUAAUCUACAUGAUCGUAGUCAUACUGGCUCUGGCAGAGCAAGUUAUUGGCAUCGUUGCCGGCUGCGCACCCAUAGUAAGCACCUGGUUCGUCCGCCUCGUUCUGCGCAAAGGAUCGCGGGACGCCAAAAUAAGCCCAGCCGCCGCAGCAAACGCCCCACGCACUCUCACGCAGCGGUUCAAACUCGAUAGGGAGGGCGGUGAACCCGAGACACCUCAGGAGAGGCGGCUGCGGAAAUGGAAGCGGUCCAAGGCGUCGGAUCCAUAUCCUACUUUAAACACUACGAUACUCACCACGGCGAGUGAGGAGGCGCUCGAUCCAGGUUUUGAGGCGCUUAGGAACGCGGAGUCGGGGCGGAGGUCCGAUGCAUUGGAGUUGAGCGACGUUACCUCUGUUGGGGGCAGAGACAGAUAUUGA